AUGGAGAGCGAUACUGAGCCCGCUCAAAUUAACGUUGCUGAGCGUAACGGAACGACACAGAAUUUAUCAGACGCUGUGACACUGCCAACUCAACGACUUUCUGCUCGCGAUGGGUUCGUUCUUCUAAUCGGUAUACAAAUCGGGUCUGGCAUCUUCACCUCUCCAGCGCAAGUCGACCAGAAUGUUGCCUCCCCCGCAGCAGCACUCCUUGCCUGGACAAUCGCUGGGUUGAUCGCGUGGGCAGGCGCAACUUCGUUCGCUGAGCUUGGUGUGACUUUGCCUUCAGCGGGUGGUAUGCAGGAAUAUCUGCGUUACGUCUAUGGAGACAUGACUGCGUUCACGAUGAGCUGGAUCUGGAUUAUGGUGGAGAAACCAGUUUCGAUGGCAAUCUUGAGUAUUCUGCUCGCUGAAUCAGUAUCACGUGGAUAUGGGUCAGCUGCAUCGGUCUUGGAGCUGAAACUGGUGUCGUGCAUGGCUGCUUUGACCAUUGCUCUGCUGACCUGUUACAACACGAAACCGGCAAGCCAAAUCGGACAAGCUUUCGUUGUGAUGAAAUUCUUCACCGUGGGUUUAAUUAUGCUCAGUGCUAUAGUUGUGUUUACAAUUCACUUUGUAAAUCCUGCGUCAUCAUUCGGUAGCUCAGACUGGUACGAGAAGAGUUGGAUCUCACCACGACCUGCAAAUAUAGAUUGGCCAGCUCUUGGGUGGUGGACGACCAUUGGAUACUUUUCUGCAGCCAUCAAUGGCGCCUUCUGGUCUUAUGCUGGAUGGGAGAAUGCAAAUUUCAUUGCGGGUGAGAUGAAAGAUCCACCGCGCAACCUCCCACGUGCUGUUCAUUUGGCCAUGAUCUCCGUUAUGUUUUGUUUCCUCACUUGUAAUGUAUCAUACUACAUUCUACUGCCGUGGAGCGAUAUCAGUUUAACCGAUGCUAUUGCAGUAGCGGCUGCAAAGACUCUUUUCGGUGGACCGGGUCAAUUCUUGAUAGCAAUGCUGGUUGCUUUGUCUUGUGCGGGGUCACUGAAUGGUAAUUCGUUGGUUGUUGCACGUUUGACAGUAGCUGCUGCCAGCAAAGGAUACGUCCCAAAGUCAUCCACCUCUGUGAAGCGAUUCCUUCGUAGUUACUCAAUACUGCUGAAUGUCUGCAUCACAUUAUUUUGCAUCGUCACUGGCAGCUUCCACAUCCUUGUGACAUUUAUCGGAAUCGCUCAGUAUUCAUUCUACUUCCUGACUGUCCUUGGGCUUUUGAUUCUUCGUGUGCGAGAGCCUUCGCUUCCUCGACUCUACAAGACAUCUGUUCUCAUACCAGUCAUUUUCUGCAUUGCUAGCGGACUAGUUGUCAUCAGAACAGUCAUAUUUCUUCCCAGCCAAGGUCUCAUCUUCGCUGGCUUGGUAGCUUUAGGUCUUCUAAUUUCGAGGGUGAGGAGGAACCGUUACUGA